AUGGGUCUCAUCUCUUGGCUGAUCACACAUCUUGCUCCUGUCUUCCUCGCAACGUCGCCUGUGACCAGUUAUGCCGAUCAGAUCUAUUCUAUCCAUCGUACGAGGUCCUCAGCCGGGUUCUCCCUCGACAUUCCUCUCAUUAUGCUGGUAGCGUCAAUCUUGAAUGGGUCACAGNNACUAUACUAUUGGCUUGGAGCGCGCUUUGAUCUAUCUCUUCUCUUGCAAGCUGGUUUGAUGGUUAUGGUCCAACUUGUCCUCCUGCGAGUUGCUUUGCAGAACCGUCCGCUCGCCAGUGCUGCCAACAACAUCCAUCAGCCAUUUGCAGGAUCUAGAGAAGGUGAUACUCACAUCAAGCGUCCUUUCGACUUCUGGCAAUGGAAGCAAGCAAAACCAUACUGGAUGUUCCUGGCGUACUUCAGCGCAACCUUAUUGGUUCUUCAAAUCCUGUUCGGCCGCAUGGAUUCCUACGUCGCGCUUCAAGGUUACGUGGCUUUGGGGAUUGAAGCUACGUUGCCCCUNCCCCAGAUCAUGUCGAACCAGAAAAACCGCAGCUGCAAAGGCUUCCGUCUGAGUGUUCUCGCAAACUGGCUGCUGGGUGAUGCCAUGAAGAUGUCUUUCUUCUUCCUUGCUGAGAGCACGAUCCCUUGGUCGUUCAAGCUCUGCGGUAUCUUCCAGGCAUGCUGCGAUUCGUACCUUGGAGUACAGUACCUGAUGUUCGGUGAGGGACCCGUGGACAGCAUCGAUGGUCUGGCAAAAGAGAUGAAGAAUUUGAGUUGA